UAAAAAAAAAAAAAAAAAAAAAACCAACACUAAAAACCAAAUUGAUAAAAACACAAAAACGACGACGGCAUGCACAGGAGAGAAAGACGACAUCUGGCUUCUGCACUGAAGAGAGGAGACUGAGACCGACCGAGAUCAAUAGCUCUUCAGAGACGAAGGGCUUGGUCGAUUGGUUUAUAGAGUCAGAUUGGGGUAGAGCUAGCUCUGAAGAAGAAGAAGAAAGUAGAACAAAAAUGGCGACGACGGCGUGUUUCAUUAUCGUGAGCAGAAACGACAUCCCCAUUUACGAAGCUGAAGUGGGAUCUACGGCUAAGAGAGAAGAUGCUGCUCAGCUUCACCAGUUCAUAUUACAUGCAGCUCUGGAUAUUGUGCAGGACCUUGCUUGGACUACCAGUGCCAUGUACUUGAAAGCAGUGGACCGCUUUAAUGAUUUGGUGGUUUCCGCAUAUGUUACUGCUGGUCAUACACGACUUAUGCUGCUUCAUGACUCCCGUAACGAUGACGGGAUUAAGAGCUUUUUCCAAGAGGUUCAUGAGCUUUAUAUAAAGACUCUUCUUAAUCCGACCUACUUGCCCGGUUCACGAAUAACAUCAUCACAUUUUGAUACCAAAGUUCGUGCCCUUGCACGAAAGUAUCUGUAGGACUCGUGCAUUUUGCAAGGGGACGACCUCUUUAUUUUAUUUCAGAAUGAGGUCUGAGUUACCAAUUACAGGUAUUCGAAAGUCUUUUCCCCCAUAUUUGUCCUUCUCAGGAUUUUUCCGCAUGGUUUGUCACUUGUAAACUAUUGAUGCUAUAAAGAUAUUCAGUUCCCCAUAUUUUGGGGUGCUCGUGUAUUACAAACCUCUUAUAUAUUGUAUUCAUACAUAUGUCCGCACGGAUUGAUGAUUAUUUUGAAGUGGUGC